AUGAUUGCAGGCCUUCUUCCGAUUGUUGUGAAUCAUGGUACAGGCAAUUGCAAAGUCGCGAUGACAUCGAUACGCCUUCUCAACGAAACAACCACGAGUGAUUCCGCAUACUGGCCCGACAUCUGGCUGAACGCCAACUCGGUACUCACCCGUUGUGUGGAUUUCGGUAUCGGAGGGUACCACCAUGUAGGCUCCUUAAACAGACUGAUACUUACACUCUAUGCACCUGGCUCUAUUUAUGAUACUCAAAUUGAGCACAUACUCGAUCAAGGUGGGGUUGUUUGCUCUAAGGAAGCCGUGUCAUGGGGCAAAUUACCUCAAGAUUCCGAAAUCAUCUCAGGAUCGAUCAGCUGCGGCUCUGCGAUAGAGCUUGCGAUGCAAGAACCGACAUCAGAAUGCUGCAACUCAUCAACAAGUCAGAUUCAAUCGAUCAAGCGUGGGAAUGGGACCUUUUGUUUCUCCUGCGGCGCAAAUUUAGAGGCUAAUUCAUAG